GGGUGGAGCAGUGCCUAUACAGUAGAAGCUGUUAUCAUGCAAAUAGCUGCUACACUUGUGAAAGGAAAAGCAAGGAUUAACUUCCAGGAUAAUAAAAAGGUAAUCUGCCCAGUAGUCAACUGCUUACACUGUCAGUAAGCUGUUUGUGAAUGGACAUUUUUAUACUUUGCUUACUUUAAAGGAGUAGGAGUCAUGUUAAUUGCUCUUAAUUGUUAUCUUCUUACUGGGCUUGAAAUUGCAACUGAUAUGAUCGCCAAUGCGACUAACAUUUUCUCCUUGGCGACUAAAAAUUCUGGUUUAGUUGCCAAGGUGGCAACCAGGUUUCUCUAUGAUUCAGAUUUAAAAAAUAAAAGAGUAAAGUUAAAACAAACAUUCCACCUUAUCUUUCUUUGCUUUCUUCAUGAAAAAUGUGCCAAAUCGCAUAAACAAAGCCUGUUUAGCUCCAAAUUUAUACUGACUAUAUACCGACUUCCAUCCAUGAUAUUUUCAAAUCUGAUGGAUGGUGCCAUACUGUGUAGGGCUUCUGAUAGGUCGCGGAAAAAAAGUCAAAUUUCGGCCGACUUUUAGGGGCAAAUUUGUGGGACUUUUUCUGGGCAAAUGUCCCCAAAAAUCGAGCCUUAAACCAUGGCUAGUGCCCAGUUUUUCGCAACAUAAUUUACACGUGGUAGUUUCAGGACUAUUGUUGGCACAUUUCACUUGUGACAAAUUUUCAAGAUAAAUUUGCAAGUUUAUGGUAACUAAAUAGCCCCAAUAGCUGAAUAAGUUUCAAAUAUGUUGUACAGACAUGUAUUCGAUGAUUUCUACCGAAUUUGUGUUUUUGUGAAUUUCGCGGCUCCGCGACCGCCCGAAAUAUCAGAAGCCUUGGCUAUGGGCUGCGUCAUUUACAGGUACGUUACACAAAGUGGUGACUGAAAGAUUGCAACUGGUGACUAUAUUUCUCCAGUUCGUUGCCGAAAGGCGACGUGAGGAUGUUUUUAAUUUCAAAUUCUGUCUUAGCUAUGAGGUGUAUUUCUAAUUUUACUAAACCAUGCCAAUUGUAUUUUUGUUCUUAAGUUUCAACAAAUCAACUCAUAAUUAUUAUCUCAUGAAAAUAUAUAGAUAAUUUCUGAAGACAUGAAUCCAGAUAGCUAAACUCCUGAGGCCCCAGUUGUUCAAAUGCUGGAUAGCACUAUCCACUGAAUAAAUCUCUAUCCAGCAGAUAAGUGUUAGGCAAACCGACUGUGCCAUCCACUAGAUAGAGAUUUAUCCAGUGGGUAAUGUUAUUCGCCUUUCAAACCACAGGGAGCAGGCCCUGGUUGUUCAAACGUUGGAUAGCGCUAUUCACCAGAUAAAUUGCUAUCCAUCGGACAAGUAUCAGGGAAACCAAUUGCGCUAUCCAAUACAUUUAAUUUGUCCAUCUGUGUCUCCUUUUGCAUUUGCUGUGUUAAUUAAUUUAUACCUUCUUUUAGUGUUUUGAGCAUUGUGUAGUUCCAGAAAGUAUCCAUACUUUCCCUACAGAAGAGACUGAAAAUUCCUGGGGGGUGGGGGGCUCUCAAAGGCUCAAAAAUUUAAGUAAAUGUAUGAAGCUUGACUGGAAUUUUCAGGGGGGGGGUCUAAGGAAAAAUCCCUUCUGUAGGGGAGGUAUGGACAAUUUUUGGAACCACACAUUGCUUUUUAUGUUUCACUAAAUUUGGUGGGAGUUCCUGCUGUUUGAAUUUUGAUAAAUUUUGUUACACAGCCUCUAUAAGUUAAUAAUAUUUUCCCCUUUUUGCUUUAAAGACAAGCCGUCCCAAUGUUUGGUGCUAAAGUAGGGAAUGAGAUACCAGGUAGAAUGAGAGAUAUGUCUAAAAAAGUGUUCAAACGAAAAUUAAUCAGUGUGCUCUUCGAACUAUUAAAAGACAAAGAUGAUUACCUUGAUGCAACCAUGAUGAUAACACGAGAAAUAAAAUCGCGAAAUCCUAAACCUUAGCCUCUUUCACAGGUUGCAUUAAACAGAUUUGUCUUUCUUGCUUUUCAAUUCAUUACACAUAUUUCUUCUUUUCUUUUUCUUUGCUUUUUACCUAUUAUAUGUGAUAUCUAAUUUGUAAUAAGAAAUAAUUUGGCACGCCUCGUCUAGCGUUUUCUUGUUAACUGCGUGCCAAAAAAUUGUACUUGUAGUAUUAUGAUAAUAAAAUUUAUUGUCUGGUGUCUACAGCCUUUUAAGAGCCCAACAAUCUUUUAUGUCCUUAGUACAGAUCCACGAAAAAAAAAAUAAUAAGAGUGAUCUUCAAUUUGUACGUAUACAAUCAUACGAAAUAAAACUUUUUGUUUGUUCCUGAGAAUACUCAGGUUAGUCCCCUACUUUCCUGUAAGAUCUUCAAGAUCAAGUGCUUACUGUAUCGUGUGGCCAUCUUGGUUUCAACUGUUAGUGUAACUCGGAGAAGGGUGUCAAAUUUACUAAGGGGGUAGGAGUUGGGUGGGAAGGAGGCAAGAUCCCUAUUUUUCUUGCCUCUCUUCCCGCAUUCCAUUAAAUCCUGACUCAUCUGCCGGAGUGUGUUACUACGUGUAACCUUUGUAGCAAGCAUGUCAAUGCAUGUUUGUUGAGAAGGUUAGAACAAGAGGGACUAAAAGAAAAUAAAUGCUUUUCUGCAAGCCCCACAAUUCUGAAAGAAAAAAACAAACAAACAAACACACAAGUAAACAAAUUAAUAAACACCCAUUAGUGUUUCACAGUUCAGUUCAUUUGUAAACUGACAGCUUGUCAACAUAGUAGCCAGCAACAGAUCACCAGUUGUUAUAAAUUUAUUUGGCUUUUUUGUUUUAUUCUCAUUUUUAGGAUGGUAUACUCCACCUAAACAUGAAGGCUGAAUUAAACUAUUAUUGUUAA